UGCCCAUGGCCUGGGCCGAGGGCACGGCGAGUGGCUGGGUGGGGGGCUGGGCGCUCGUCCCCCUGGGGGGCUGCCUGCUGCUCUGCGGGCUCUGCCGGAGAAAGCUUCCUGUUUUCCCCCCAUGGGGCCCACAACCCAGGGACUCGCCUCCGGAGCUGGGGCCACGCUACAUCUCCGAUCCUACCGCUGGCACCAGUGUCGCCGCAAGCCCACGGCCUCCUGUGGGCCCCAGGAGCACGGACAACGAGGACGAGGACGAUUUCCAGUAUCCUCCUGCCCCGUGGACAGAGUCGCGGCAGACCCCGGUCUUUGAGUCCCUGAAGCAGGCCCGGGAAUCUGGCACCGACGUGGACAGUCACGGGAGCUACGUGAACAUCAACUCCGAGGAGGACUAUGUGAAUCUGCAGGGUGCCAAUGGGGGAAGCUCCGUGGAGAAGGACAAGGAGUAUCUGGAGGUGCUUCCACUGGGGGCCGAGAGAGCCGGGCCCCACAGGCAGCAGGGCCCCAGUCCCGACGAGGGUGAGACUGUCUCCUACGCGAACGUGGACAACAAGGAGCCGAAACCCCCCUCGCUGGACGAGCAGAAACCCGACUACGACUAUGUCAACGUGCCGUAGCCGCGUGGGGCCAGGGACCAGCUGCCUCUGUCUCUGCCCCCCAGCGGGUCCCUUCGUGGGGCCCUGGCUGUGGGUGGGGGCUCUCAGAGAGCCCGAGAUAAGGAGACAUGGCCCCCACCACCCUGCUAGCCUGGCGCUGGGCUCCCCAGUGGGGCCGAAUACGCUGCCCCACAGCACGGGGCUGGGCUCCCCAGAGGGGCCGAGUACCCUGCCCCACAGCACGGGGCUGGGCACCCCAGUGGGGCCGAGUACCCUGCCCCACAGCACGGGGCUGGGCACCCCAGUGGGGCCGAGUACCCUGCCUCACAGCACAGGGCUGGGCUCCCCCGUGGGGCUGAAUACACUGCCCCACAGCACGGGGCUGGGCUCCCCAGCGGGGCCGAGUACCCUGCCCCACAGCACAGGGCUGGGCUCCCCAGCGGGGCCGAGUACCCUGCCUCACAGCACAGGGCUGGGCUCCCCCGUGGGGCUGAAUACGCUGCCCCACAGCACAGGGCUGGGCUCCCCCGUGGGGCUGAAUACGCUGCCCCACAGCACGGGGCUGGGCUCUCUACUCUGAGCACCAGGUCUGGCGUGGCCGGUGCGGCCCGGUCCGGAAGGGGAGCCGCAGCGGGGAUCUGCCCAGCCCUGUGCGGGAGGGGACGGUGCUGUGGGGUGGGGGCAGGCACAGACUGUCGUCUUCCCCACACCUCCCCCAGGCCUCACUCGCCCGCAGCCCCCCCCAUUGUCAAUAUUUGUGUGUGAACCUUCCUGGUGAACCCGGGGACGUCACAGCCCGGCCCGGGCCCCUGGCUCUGUCCACACUGGGAUCGUGGUGUGUGCAUAAACCGUCCCAAUAAAUCGGGGGAUUUGCCCCAUAACCUCCCCGUGCCCCCCGUGGUGUCUGUUCU